GAUCUCCAAACGAAUGACUUUACGAACGAGUUGACCAUAGCAAACAGAAAUUCAAAAUGGCGGUGGCAGACGUUCAGCUUGUUGUCAACACAGUGUUUUACAUCGCUGUGUUUGUUGGUGGCUUUGCAGUGUCAAUACCAAUCGGUGUUGUUAAUAUGAACAAUGGUGGAUACUGUUUUCUGUAUGCCUCAUAUGAUAAAGAGGAAUGUGUGAAGUACGGUGACUCGGGAAACUGUAACUUCCCUAUCUACUUUGCUGUGUUCGCGUGCAUAUUUUACGGCUUAGCACAGACAUGUUAUAAUGUGUAUGCUGUUUACAAGUCAACUCAGGACCCCACUGUUGGGUCGCAGAUGUGGGUGAUGCCGUUUAUUCUGCUGAACUCCCUUGUUGCAGGAGUGAUGAUGGUGGUGGCCUGUAUGAUAAGUGUCGGCUUCGACAACACAUGUCAGUCGUACCGAGAAAUCUCUAAACAAGACAGUUGUGCCACAGCAGAAAACAAGCAUGUGAGAUCAGCAUGCAGUGGACCAGAAGAUGAAAAAGAAUAUGAUUCGGGGAGUUUUUUUAAACUCUUCCACGUUGCAGAGGUGGCUGCCUGGUUGUGCUGGCUGGUCUGGGUUGCUCUGGUUGUGUCUGGUAUCGUCCGAGCCAUUCGUAACCGACGACAGCGAACCAAAGGAAAAUCAGAGGACAAGGAAAACUUCGCUGGAAAGAAUCCCACUGCUUGAUGAUUCAGAGUAAAUCAUUGUAAUAGUAAACUGGCAAAGAAUUCUUUUAGUGACACAGAUUUAUUAUUACGUUUUUCGUAUAUCUUUCUUUGUUAUUAACUUUUGAAAAAAAAAUGUCUGCCAUAAGGUCCAAGAAUUGAAGUAUUUUUUCACUGCAAUGAUAUUUUGUGUGCGACAUUUUUUGGUUUUGUUUUUAUUCAUUUGUUUCAACAACAGUACUUUUCUAAUGCUGACCAUUUGAUAAUCUGAUCAUAAACAUGACAAUGGUAGCUAUAGAAAAAAAAUUUGUGACCGUGUUGCUUAUUAUUUUGUAUCGAAUUGUAAUCUGCAUUGAAUAUAUUAGUUUGACAGAUCUGAUUGUAUUUGCCUACCAAGAUCUGAAUUUUUAUUCCAUCCUGUGUUGUUUAGUGUGUUACCUUUAUUUGACCACCAAAUCUAUAUGAAUAAGCUUUACAUACAUCAUACAUGUAAUCAUGAAAAGAAUCUCUCAGUUUCAAUUUUGCAAUAUUUUUUUGCAGUUGUUAACACAUUUUUACCCAACUGUGUAAAAUAAAACUGACAACGAAAAAUUGAUUUUUAGAGUACAAAUACCAGUUUUUUUUUUAGACCUAGCGUGUUUGUAAAUAUAUUUUUUUUUACUUUUGUAAAGAAGUCAUAUUGUGUAGUUGUUAAAAUCAGGCAUGUACAGUCAAACCUUUAUAUAUAAGAGAUCAAUGAAGAAGUUGAUAAAAACAAUGGACCAGUAAGACAGAUUUGAAUGUAUCUAAUUCAGUUGUUUUGUAGUUUUGGUGAAUUUAGCCCCCAAAAUUGUGUAUCGUACUAAUUUUAUGUUUAUUUAAUUAAGGGCAAGGUCUAGGGUCACCAAAUUAUAUAUACAUGUGAAUGGGAUAUUCCCACCUCACAAGUCAAAAAUAUCUGUAACUAAUUCAUGUGCAUUUUAAUAUUAAAAAAAAAAAAUAGUACAAGUUUACAAUAAUUUAAUCCUCAUCUAUAUUUUCUUAACAAUUUAUUUUUAUAAUGUAGGUGUUUUCAUUCAUGUAAAAGAAUUCAUUAUACAGUAUUUUCAUUAUUUGUUGUCUUAAAUACAAUGUUUGUAAAUUUAUAUUCUGUCAGCUAGGAGAUCAGAAUAUGUGUUGUGAGACUUUGUGAUAAUUUAUGCAAUAUAAACUACUAAAUACAUUUUGUGCAAUGUUAUAAGUAUUACACUUCUGUUCAAAUGGUAAUUAUUUUUCUAAGGUUUUAUUUUUUGCUCUUUUAAAAUUUAAGUCUUAAUUUGAGCACAUUUAGUCAAAUUUCGAAUUAUAGAUGAAGAUGAAUUUCUAACUAACACUGUCAUUUUCGAUUUUAUGGAUUUUGCCAAAGAGGAUGUAAUUAUAAUAUUCUUGUAAAUUAAGUUUAUUUACAGUACAGUGAUAAGUAGUUUGUUUAUGUAAUAGAAUUUUGUUGAUUUUGCUAUUUUUAUAGCUGCUGUUCAUAUAUACCAAAGCUGAUCAAAUGUAUAUGGUAUAAACAGAAAGUACUUAUUAACUUAUAUUUUUUUUCUUUUGAGAAAAAGUAUGAGAAUUUCUGAUAGUAUAUAUAUGGAAGAAACACUUUGUUUUGAUGAUUUAACCUUUUUAAUGAAAAAAAGAAAAUUACUACUACUCUUUGUACAGAAAUUGAUAGCCUCAUAUGUUUUCCUUAUGGAAAAUCACUAAUUUAUUGGUGAAUGCCUGACUUCGAUCACUCCUUUUUUUCAUAAAAUGUUUCAUGGUAUAUAUUUUUUUUAUAUUCAAAGCUUGGAAACUCUGUAUAUAACACAAAAUAUAUAAACUGUUUUUGUUUGCAAACUU